AUGAUUGAUGGAUGUUCAUCUGGUGCCUAUGUCAUUUUACCUGUCGAUCAACAACAAGCUACAGUCUAUGUAGCUUUGAGUUUCAUUUCAAUUGAACAAGCACGAACGAAUUUACAAAUGCAAACUCAAUUAAAAUCAUUCGAUUCUAUUCAUAAAUUUGUCAGCGCUGAAUGGAAUCAUGAAGCUGUAAUCAAAUUCAAUGCUGCGAUUGUUCAUUUAUUGUCGAGUCCGACUCAAUGGGACGAGUCAAAUGGCGUCUAUUUAGGUUUCGAUGAUCAAAUAUAUACUAAACCUGAUAAUAUGAAACAUAUUUGUACAGAUUUAUCAAUAUGGGAUGCUCACCGAACACAAAUAUCUUUUAUUCUUUUUCAUGAUUCACAACGAGCCAAUGAUAUUAUUCGUUCAAUUAUGCUCAUUGUUGAACAAGGUGGUGAUAUACCAAAAUGA